AUGCUUUCAGUUUCAGUGAAGUCAGCCCGACUCCUAGUAUCCGAAAAGUACGGGCCAAAUUGGCAAUUCAAGAAGCAAAUGAACUGUAUGAGCCUACGAAGGUGGAAAUCUGCCCCGUUCGGAGACCGUUCCCAUGUAUGGGGACACUACUUCCGAAGCACACUUCAUAAAAAACUCCCCGUCGGCGACGACCAUCGACGGGGCCAAGGUUUCUGCUGCGAUGGGUUUGGCACCAGCUAUGCUGCUGUGUUCAACCAGCUGCCGAGUGAUGACUGCUCUUUGGUCUUCGGAUCGGAAGUGCUUCCGCAGCUCAAGGAACGGGUGGAUCCGCUCCGUUGCUAG